AUGAAGCUACUAUAUCCAACCAAGCACUCAACUAAAAGCAAGGUAGAGGUGAAAAGAAGGAGGCACCUCAUUGCAAAAGUCGAGAUUAUUUCGCAAAUUCUCGUCGCAAAAGCGAAGGAAGCAGCCGAAAGAAACCACCAGAACCGUCAAGCCUUGCGGACGAAACUAGCACCAGAACUCAAUCAACGCAAACGGAGUAACCAGUUGUCCUCCAGCGACAGAUCUGGUAUGCGUGAUAUGGAUGAAAAUUUUGAGGUUCUAUCUCCACGAGAUGUCAGAUCCUUCUCAUUCAUCCUCGAACCAACCACGAAGAAGCGGUUUUGUCGAAAGAAGAUCGAACUCUGGUUGCCGAAAAACCCACACGAGAUAACGAUGGACUUCUCCCGUCCAGGAAUGGCACUUCUUAGACCACAGUCUUUGACAUAUGCUACUUCUGGGCCCGCUAAGCAGAGCUUAUCAUCUAAGAAAUCCUCAACUACCAAAAAGUCUGUUUUGAACGCAAUCGCGGAGCCACGCAUUUCAACCACUCUGUUCAUUGGUGAAACCACACAGUCUGGUUACCAGGGCAAGAAAAAGCAAGCGGAUUUGGGUUUGAACGAGGUCAAUCCAAUUCAAAAAUUCAAACCUUACGUGUCAAAAACCAUCAUCCGAAACCUAUCUGAGAGUCUUAGGGAACUUCUUACCAAGCCUCUCUCGAAAAGCGAUUUGAAAUUCAAGGGUUCGAUAUAUGUCUUUUGGCAACAAGGCAAUUUUGGAUACCUCAAGAUUGGACGCUCGGCAAAUGUUCGUCGCCGUUUCAAGGAAUGGUCUGAUCAAUGUAAGAAGGAUAUGGGAAUUCACUUUCCAGACUUCACGCGAGAGACAAGUGAUGGCGAGCGAGUUUUGGAAGAGGUCGCCCAUAUUUGUCGUGUCGAGGCUCUGGUUCAUCUAGAACUGUUGGAGCACAGAAAAAUCGAAGAGAAAUGCCCAGGCUGCUCUCGGAACCACAUAGAGUGGUUUCAAGUCUCAGAUGAAAAGGCAAUAGCCGUUGCACAGAAGUGGAUGGCUUGGAUGAGAACGGAACCGUAUGAGAAUCGAGGAACGGAAGGUGAAGAAAAAUGGGUGCUAAAAGCCAGAGAAAUGGAGCGACUAGGAGAGCUUAGUCAACCUUUAUUUCCCAAAUUGGCCCCAGAAUCUCAGGUUCGGGAAGAAAGACUGGCUUCUCUUCGUCCUAGGGCUUCCUCUUCAACCCCAUGGCGAGAUGGAAAGAACAAAUUGGGACGGAGAUCAAUUUAG